AUGCCUUAUCAGAUAUUCGGGAAAUCGACAUUCAAACAAAAAAAAAGUACAUCUUUCGUGGUUUCUUCAGCAAAUGCUAAAUCCUGCUACAGACCUGAAAAUGAUUUCCCCGAAGCUUAUAACAUUUCACCAACUGUAAUGGAAUCAACUAGCGUUGACGAGGAAAAGCAAAGAGUAUCAGGUGCAUCCGAUCUGAUCCAUGGGACAAGUAGUGAAGAAGAUGAGAUGUCACGUCAAGAUCACAAAUGGCUGUCUUUGAAUAAAUAUAAAAUUGAUUUUAUGGAUUCUGUAUGGACAGACCAUUCAAAUAAUUGCAAUAUCUCUGAGCCAAGAAAACUAAUUGUGAAUCCUGAUUUCCUACCAGAAAGAAAUGAGUUUGAAGAGGGCAAGAUACAGGUCUCAGGAUAUGUAACUGAUGAACAUACUUCACUUGAAAUGCAUUCUAAUCUUUACAAAUGUGUUAUCAACAAAGCAAUUUCAGAUUGUAAAAAUAUUUCUGGAACAGCAAAUUUGAUUGCGAAUCCUGAUCUCCCAUCAGGAAGUAAUGAGCCGAAAAAUGGCAAAAGGCAAGUAUCGGAGGGUGAGACUAAUGAAUAUAUUUCACCCGAAGUGCACUCUCAAGGUCACAAUAAGAACAAGAGAAUGGCUGUCUACUUGAAGGAAGUUAAUUCUACCAAAGAGGUUGACAAUGCCGUGGCUGGACCUUCGGGAAUGAGUCCUCAUGAGAAGAAAUUUUCUUGCAGUUUAUGUUCUAAGGAAUUCAAUUAUAAAUAUAAUCUCUACAGACAUUAUCUAACCCACACUGGCGACAAACCCUUCAAGUGCUAUGUAUGCAAUAAACAAUUCUCUCAGAAAGUAAAUCUCGACGCACAUUACAAAAUCCACACUGGCGAAAAACCUUAUGCUUGUGAUAUAUGCGAAAAAAAAUUUAACAGUAAACACAAUCGCGACACUCAUCAUCGAAUCCACACCGGUGACAGACCUUUCUUACAAAGUGGAUCAGGUGUAUCAGAUCCUAUGCUUGCAAUGGCUGGUGAAGAAUAUAAAACGUCUCUUGAAAAGGGAAAAUGGCAGACAUUGAAUAACAACAAAAAGAAUUUUAUGGAUUCUCUAGAAUGUGUUAUCAGAAAAUCACAUUCAGAUAAUAAUAAUAUUUCUGGAACUUCGAAUUCGACUAAGAAUCUUGAUCCCCCAUCAGGAAUCAAGGAGCCAAGAAAUGGCAAAAUACAUGCUUCAUAUGGUGAAAAUGAUGAACACAUCCCACCCGAAGUACUCUCUCAGGUCAAGAGAAGAACAAGAGGCUCAAUAAGAACAAGAAAAUGGCUACCUACCUAA